AUGACAUUGUGUAACGCACUGAUCGGGGCUUCGCUUUCGCUAGGCGCUCUCGCCUUUACGCUCAUCUCCAUCCACUCCAUAGUAAAGGAAAUUGACAAUAUGCACGAUGAAAUUGUCACCGGAGUGCGAGAGAUGAAGGUUAUAUCGGACGACGCUUGGAUGCGCAUUCUUCAAAUCAAAUUCACGUUUCAUUCCAAAAGAGUCAGAUCCGACUCGUCCCAAUUGUACACAUCACUAUUUGCUCGCAAAAAAAGAUCAUAUGAGGAAUACUGCAACUGUCACACUGAGUACCAUGAUUGCCCUCCUGGCCCUCAAGGACCGCCGGGAAUACCAGGCGAACGCGGUGAACUGGGUACUACUGGUGAACCCGGACAACCAGGAGCGAGCGGAUUAUCAUUAUUAGCGACUCACAACAUCCCAGGAGGGUGCAUCCUAUGUUCGGCAGGACUCCCUGGACCGGACGGAGAAAUAGGAGCGCCUGGUGAGCAGGGAUAUCCUGGAGCACCUGGACAACCGGGAGAGGCCGGAGAAGAUGGUGUGUUUGGUGACCCGGGACCAAUGGGCGAUGAAGGAAAUCAAGGACGUCCAGGAUACGACGGAUACCCUGGGCCACCUGGCGACGAUGUGAUGAUAGGAGCGCCAGGUCUACAAGGACUACAAGGAGCGCCAGGUUGGCCAGGACCACAAGGCGAGCAAGGGAAAAGCGGAGAACGUGGACUUGACGGUACAGUGGGAAUUCCCGGACAUCCAGGACUUCCUGGAUACCCAGGUAGGGACGGUGACCAUGGAGCUCCCGGUACACCUGGAAGCAAUGGCUUCGUAGGAGAAGACGCUGGUUACUGUCCGUGUCCGGAAAGAAGCGAGGGCAGCUAUUGA